GGAUCACAACAGUGAGAAGAUGUCCUAUUUAAAGAAGUGGGGAGAAAGUAGGGGUUUGGUGCCCUCUGACGGAACCCUUGUGUUUGUGGACAACCAUGAUAACCAGCGAGGACAUGGUGCUGGAAGAGCCUCCAUCUUGACAUUCUGGGAUGCUAGGAUGUACAAAAUGGCUGUGGGAUUCAUGUUGGCUCAUCCUUAUGGAUUCACAAGAGUUAUGUCAAGUUACCAUUGGCCAAGAAAUUUCCAGAAUGGACAUAAGUUUUGGAUUUAUUCAAACUUAAUUCAGGACGUUAAUGACCGGGUUGGACCACCUAAUAACAAUGGAGCCACCAAAGAGGUGACCAUUAAUCCAGACACCACUUGUGGCAAUGACUUGGUCUGUGAACAUGUGAACAUUGAUGGCGUCAAAUAA